AUGCAUUGGAUAAUACCAAACCAGGCGGUCCCCCUGACAGGCUUGCCCGAGCCUUCCGACGAAGUUGAUUCUGUCAUGGCUGUCAUUCAUGGAUUUUUAGCUGCACUGAGAACCAAAAAUCCUGUUGACUUCGAGAAAUACUGUGUUCGGGCAGGAGGAAUGUCUGUUUGGCCACCAUCCCCCACCCUUCCUCGCUUUUGUACCAUUGGGGCUUUCGUGGAGCAAGUGACACGGAUUCAGGACGAAAUCGACGAGCGCAUCUGGGAUCCAGAGGUGAAGGUAUACUCGCCUGGAAACAUGGCUGCAGUAUGGGCACCUUUUCGGGCAAAGGUCAAUGGGGUCGUGCAUCAUGUGGGCGUUGAGCUUUUCGUUCUUCAUAAAGUCAACGGUGUAUGGAAAGUGACAGGGCUAGCGGAUUCAUGUCGGCAGCCAACAGAGGAAGAGAAGAUAUUGUUACCAUAG